GCAAUUGGCAACCCAGAAUGUGACUUGUAUAUUCGGAAUUUGUGAUUAUUGAUUUAGUAAUUUGUAAAAGUCGCUCACCUGUCUAGUCGACCGGCAUAACGUGUUGCGGCUUUAUAGCAGUAUUUUCUUAAAUUUCUAGUCAUAAAAAGGAAAGUUGGAAAUGGCUACUGAAACUUUAAUUCCUCUGGAAUCAAAUCCCGAAGUUAUGAAUAAAUUUCUUCAAAAACUUGGUGUGCCUAACAAAUGGGGUAUGGUAGACGUUAUGGGAUUGGAACCUGAAAUGCUUUCCUGGGUGCCGAAACCUGUAAUCGCUCUAACACUUCUCUUUCCUGUUUCUGAUGCUUAUGAGCAACAUAAACAAAAAGAAGAGAAUGAUAUUCUAUCUACAGGUCAAGAAGUAUCUUGCAAUCUUUUCUAUAUGAAACAAAACAUCAGUAAUGCAUGCGGUACAGUAGCACUUGUGCAUGGAGUUGCUAAUAAUACAGAUCAUAUUCAGUUAAAUGAUGGCCCUUUAAAGAAAUUCUUAGACGAAGCCAAAGACCUCGAUGCUGCUGCUAGAGGGACGCUAUUGGAAAAAAGUGAAGGUAUAAUUAAUGCUCAUAAGGAGUUGGCUCUAGAAGGUCAAACUAAUACUCCUAGUGCUGAAGAUCCUGUCAACCAUCAUUUUAUUACUUUCGUGCAUAAAGAUGGAGUUUUGUAUGAAUUAGAUGGGCGUAAAGCUUUUCCAAUUAAUCAUGGAAAAACAACACCAGAUUCUAUGUUAGAAGAUGCAUCAAAGAUUUGUAAAGAAUUUAUGUCACGUGAUCCCGAUGAGGUCCGUUUUACUGUAGUUGCUUUAGCUGCAUCUGAGUAAAAUUUUAAAAUGAUGCUUUACUUAGAGCCUAUACUUGCAAUGGUACAGUUAAUACAUGCUUUUACCAUUGUGCUUUAUGAUCUUCAAACUUAAACAAAAAUGUUUAGGUAUUUUUAUCAAAUUCAUAUAUUUGUAUGCUGUGCAAGCCUUUUGUGAUAAUAAAAAACGUAUUUAUUUAUAAA